UCUCUUCUCUUUCUCUAAUCAAGUGAAUUUCACUCACCUGUGCCCGUUACUUCCAUAGAUGCUCACCUGGUUCAUUUUUUCCUCACUGGAUCAUUGCCUGUUUUUACCUGCUGCUACUGACUGUCCAGGGUGUGAGGGAUGUAGAAUACGGUAGGUGGCGGUAGUGCAACUGUAUGAAUACAAGCCGCCGUAAAAUACUGAAGAAGAAGAAAAGAACACCACCGAAGAAGAUAAAGACGAGGCGGGAGUCUGUGAAAUCCGGUGUCUUUGUUCCGCCAUCGUAGAGGUCAUAGAGCACAGAGCUGCUUUAGCAACGAGGAUCCAAAUGGAUCAGUACAAACUCAAAAUGAAAGAAGAGGAGGUGGACGUUCAUCUAGACCAAAAUGAGAGCGAUACGGAGCAGCAGGACCCGAGUUUAACUGAGCGGAACCGGGCUAUUAGCAGAAUAAAGAUGGAGCAGCAGGACCCGAGUUUAACCGAACCGGACCGCUCCAUUAGCGGAAUAAAGGAGGAGCAGCAGGACCGGUCCAUUAGCGGAAUAAAGGAGGAGCAGAAGGACCCGAGUUUAACCGAACCGGACCGGUCCAUUAGCGGAAUAAAGGAGGAAAAGCAGGACCCGAGUUUAACCGAACCGGACCGGUCCAUUAGCGGAAUAAAGGAGGAGCAGCAGGACCCGAGUUUAACCGAACCGGACCGGUCCAUUAGCGGAAUAAAGAUGGAGCAGCAGGACCCGAGUUUAACCGAACCGGACCGGUCCAUUAGCGGAAUAAAGGAGGAGCAGCAGGACCCGAGUUUAACCGAACCGGACCGCUCCAUUAGCGGAAUAAAGGAGGAGCAGCAGGACCCCGACCACGCUGGUGCCACAGAUGAACAGGAACACAGAGGAAAAACAGAUUCAAGGCUGUAUCUUUGUCAGCAAUGUAGCCAGGCCCCUAAUGGACCAUCAAAGCCAAAAAAUCAUCAAAAGGGUCCUUCUGGAGAGAAACCAUACAGCUCUGAACAGUGUGGUAAAACCUUCUCUGCAAAAAGAAACUUAAGGACCCAGCAUCAAAUGUAUACUGGAGAAGAACCACACACGUGCAUACAAUGUGGUGUAGCUUUCUACAGGUCAACGGAUUCGAAAAUGUACUUUUGUGUUCGCACUGGAGAGAAACCAUACUCAUGUAAACAGUGUGGAAAAGCUUUCUCUCAACUUAGGCAUCUACAGGCACACAAAUGUAAUCACAUUGGAGAGAAACCUUACUCAUGUGAACAGUGUGGAAAAUCAUUCUCUCAGCUUAGUCAUGUACAGGCACACCAAUGUAUUCACACUGGAGAGAAGCCUCUUUCAUGUAAACAGUGUGGAAAAGCUUUCUCUCACAGAAGUAGUUUACGUGUACACAAACGUGUUCACACUGGAGAGAAACCUUACUCUUGUGAACAGUGUGGAAAAGCAUUCUCUCAUAAUGGUAAUUUACGGGCACACCAACGUAUUCACACUGGAGCAAAGCCUCUUUCAUGUGAACAGUGUGGAAAAGCUUUCUCUCGCAGCAGUAGUUUACGUGUACACAAACGUAUUCACACUGGAGAGAAACCUUACUCUUGUAAACAGUGUGGAAAAGCAUUCUCUCAUAAUGGUAAUUUCCGGGCACAUCAGCGUAUUCACACUGGAGAGAAACCCUAUUUCUGUGAACAGUGUGGAAAAGCGUUUCUUCAGCUCAGUCAUUUGCAGGUACACAAACGUGUUCACACUGGAGAGAAGCCCUAUUCAUGUGAACAGUGUGGACAAGCGUUUGCGAAGCUCAGUAGUUUGCAGGUACACAAAUGUGUUGAGCUUCGAAGCUGUAUCUCUGUAGCCAGGCCCUCACCGAACCAUCGGCAAAGGAAAUCAUCAUCGUGAAAAGGUUCAUUCUGGAGAGAAACUAUAUGGCUGUGCGCAGUGUGGCAAAACCUUCUCUGCAAAAAACAACUUAAGGACCCAUCAUCAAAUUUACUGGAGAAGAACCACACCUGCAUCCAAUGUGGUGUGGCUUUCUACAGAUUUCUAUGGUGUGGCUUUCCAUCUUGGCAAAGCACCAGCAACUGCACACACCAAAUUAGCUAAUGGUCAUGUUUCAGAAUGUCUCCUUCCAGCAGGAGACAAUCCUCACUAUCUUAAUCCCCUAGAAUAAGGCUAAGGCUUGUCUAACUAAAAUAAACCAUAUG